AUGCUCGUCCUCUUCGUUGCGUGUGCGCUGCUGUUCAGCACCUACGCCUGCGCCGAUGGCACUUUGAUCCCCAUAACGUUCUACACGAACUUUGGCUUCAGCGGCGGCUGCACCACGCCCAGCACUCUCGCAACAAAUGUCUCUCUGGAAAUUGGCGUGUGCGUCGUGACUCCCGGCCUGGGCUCCUUCCAUCUAGGUCUGUUCCCAUGCGCCAGCGGGUCGGUACAGCAAUACGUCUUCACCGAUACAGCAUGCGGGCAACUUAGCAGCGACUACUAUUCAGGCGUGGAUGAUUGCUACGUUGCGUACUAUGGGGCUAUGGCCGCAAUUAUGCUGAGUUGUAAUCAGGAGUCCCCUGAACCACCGAGCGCUACGACGACUAUUCCCGUUGCAGCGAUUGCCACGGGUGCCUCAUCAUCUUCAACCUCUUCGACAACGUCGGCGUCCAGCAACGGAGGUGGGGACAACUCCUCCCCCAGCGGCACCUCCUCCUCGCCGUCCCCUUCUUCCUCCUCCUCUGCCUCUGGGUGGAGCUCCCUGGAUCUAGGCACACGCAUCGGCAUCAUCGUGUCCCUUGCCGUAGGGAUCCCACCAAUCAUACUCGGCAUCUACACGAUCCUGCAGAGGAGAAAGCGGAAGGCAGACGACCAACUGGCCCAGGCUCAAGGAACACCCAUGCAGCCCUAUCCCCCAUAUGCCCAUGGACAUGGCGGGGGAGGCCUGCGUGGAUAUUUCCCGCUUGAUCACGCUGGCAGGGAGCCGCGGCCGCCAGGGCCUACACCGCAGAUGAGCCGCGCUUACUACAACAUCGAUCUGGGCACGCGCGGGGCUUGA